AUGGCGGACAAGCCCAAGGUCCUCCUCUUGGGCGAGAUUGAACAGUAUGUCAUGAAGCGCCCCGAACGCCAUCAAUUGGCUUUCCAAAGCAGCAUUUUGACUGACACCUCCCGCGCCCCUCCCAGCGCCCACGACGCCUGGGUAUCCAUCGCCGACAUCGCUCACGUCCUGCGGCCCCAGUCCAGCAACCGCGCCGACUUCAUCGCAGAAUGCAAGUCGGGCGCGCUCGACGGCGUGGUCGCCGCCUACCGCACCUUUGCGUCCGCCCAGGUAACGGGCCGCAUUGACGGGGAGCUGCUCGACGCUCUGCCCUCGUCGUUUCGCUACCUCUGCCACAACGGCGCCGGAUACGACCAAAUCGACGUCCCGGCAUGCACGCAGCGCAACGUCCGCGUCUCCAACACCCCCACGGCCGUCGACGACGCCACCGCCGACACGGCCAUCUGGCUGCUCCUCGGCGCCCUGCGCAACCUGCCCGCGUCCAUGGCCGCCCUGCGUGCCGGCACGUGGCGCAACGGACCCGACGGCCGGCCCCUCGCCCUCGGCCACGACCCCCAGGGCAAGGUCCUCGGCAUCCUGGGCAUGGGCGGCAUCGGGCGCAACCUGGCCGCCAAGGCGCGCGCGUUCGGCAUGCGCAUCCGCUACCACAACCGGUCACGGCUGAGCGCCGAUGCGGAGGACGGUGCCGAGUAUGUCGACUUUGAGACGCUGUUGAGGGAGAGUGACGUUCUUAGUUUGAACUUGCCCCUGAAUCCGCGCACCCGUCACGUUAUUUCGACGCCCCAGUUCGCCAUCAUGAAGUCCGGUAUCGUCAUCGUAAACACAGCUCGUGGCGCCGUCAUGGACGAGGCUGCGCUCGUUGACGCUCUCGCGUCCGGACGGGUCACCAGCGCGGGGCUCGACGUCUAUGAGAACGAGCCCCAAAUCCACCCCGGACUACUCGCAAACCCAAAUGUCCUGCUGGUGCCGCACAUGGGCACAUGGACGCUGGAGACGGAGACAAAGAUGGAGGAGUGGGCAAUUGACAACGUGCGCAUGGCCGUCACAGAAGGCAAGCUCAAGAGCAUUGUGCCAGAGCAAACGGCCAUGCAAUGA